GCCACAACCAACACCACCCACUGAGCCAGGUGUGCAGGCAGGGGCUACUCUGACACAGGCACUCGCAGCUACCAAGGCCUUCUUUAUCACCCUGAGCUCCUGUGGCCGCUUGCUCAUUGGGAGAUGAGCCAGACGCCAACCUCUCCUGCCAUACCCGGGCCAUCCAGACUACCGCCCACCACUCCCAAUACCCCAGCUUUCCGCAAACGUGGCAGUAGCCGACGCGACGCAGAGGAUGUAGAGCUAGAGGACAUCCGGAGAUACGAGAGUUUCUCCACGGUAGACUGGAUUGUAGACUCCACUCGUGAGAGAGCAAGGGUAGCUAGAGCGAGAGCUCGCGAAGAGCUAGGUUCCAAUGCUCAUCUCGCCAAUGGCUCCGGUGGUCAGCCCUCUUCUGCCUCUUGGGGACGCUUUGGCUACGCUCCGGGGGAGAGACCGCCUCGGUGGUGGCCGACGAGGAGUACGUGGGGAAGAAGGGCAUGGUGGCUCACGAGACUGGCGAUGCAGGGAGCAAAGGCAGGGAUUGAGAGCGGAGUGGUCAUACUGGUCGGCGUCUUGAUUGGCAUCAACAUGGCUGUCAUCUCCAUCGCAACCGAAUGGGCCAGUGACUUGAAGCAAGGACACUGCAGCGCAGGAUGGUGGCUCAAUCGCAAAUUUUGCUGCUGGGAGCUCAUGGACAAAGGAGGCUCGUCACCACCAGCCGCUGUGAAGGCGACCAUCGCUGCCGCAGCGGCAGCGGCAGCAGCCUCGCCUUCGACAGCAGCUGGUAAUCCUAGCAAUGUCACUAGCUCACUAGCGAGAGGGCUAGCCUGGGGCUUUCCAAGUGAAGCCGUGGGACCGGCUGCAGGCGCACUGGAAUAUGCCUCUACCUUCUACCCGAGGGCUGCCACCACAAGCUCUGACCCCGGAGAGACAUGCGCAGACUGGAUCCCUUGGACCACCUGGGCUUUUCCAGCCUGGAUCAUGUACAUCAUCUUUGCAGCUGCCCUUGCUGCUGCCUGUGCCCACCUAGUCAGAGCAUUCGCCCCCUAUGCAGCAGGAAGCGGUAUCACCGAGAUCAAGUGUAUUCUGGCCGGUUUCAUCAUCAAUGGCUUCCUCGGCUUCCAAACAUUGGCGAUCAAGAGCCUCACGCUCCCACUGGCGAUCGCUUCGGGGCUGAGCAUCGGUAAGGAGGGGCCAGCGGUACAUGUCGCCUGCUCUAUAGGAAACGUGGUAGCAGGCUUCUUCAAGAGCUUCGAUCGCAGUCAAGCGCGCAUGCGGGAGCUACUCACAGCAUCCAGUGCUGCAGGCGUAGCAGUAGCGUUUGGCUCUCCCAUUGGAGGCGUGCUAUUCUCCCUAGAAGAGAUGGCUCAUCAGUUUCCCGCCACGACGAUGUGGCGAAGCUUCCUCUGUGCCCUGGCUGCGACGGUCGCGCUGUCUUUCAUGAACCCAUUCCGGACUGGGAAAUUGGUUCUCUUCCAGGUCUCGUAUGACCGUGAUUGGCAUUACUUUGAGAUGAUCUUCUACAUCAUCAUCGGUAUCUUCGGAGGUCUCUAUGGCGCUUUCGUGAUCAAGUACAACCUUCAGGUCCAAGCUUUCCGCCGCAACAAUCUCGCAGCGUACGGAGUGUCAGAAGCAGUCGUACUAGCUACAUUGACUGCUUUGGUCGGCUAUUGGAACAAGUUCCUACGCAUUGACAUGAGUGAAUCUCUCGAAAUUCUGUUUCGCGAAUGCGAAGGCGGUGGAGACUACGACAACCUGUGCCAAAGCUGGGCGCAGUGGCAGAUGAUCAACUCACUACUAUUGGCCACAGUUUUGCGGACAGUCUUGGUCGUCCUCUCUUACGGCUGCAAAGUCCCUGCUGGUAUCUUCGUGCCUUCUAUGGCCAUCGGCGCGACAUUUGGCCGGAUGCUGGGUAUUCUUGUGAAAGCGCUCUAUACUGCCUUUCCGAAUGCUGCCAUCUUCUCUGCAUGUCAGCCAGACGUUCCCUGCAUCACUCCAGGCACGUACGCUUUUCUCGGGGCAGCUGCUGCUCUGGCUGGGGUCACGCGUAUCACCGCGGCAGUGGUCGUCAUCAUGUUUGAGCUCACCGGUGCUCUGACGUACAUUCUCCCUACGAUGAUCGUCGUCAUGGUCACCAAGGGUGUUGGCGACUAUUACGGCAAGGGAGGCAUCGCCGAGCAGACGAUGAAGUUUGCCGGGUAUCCCUUCUUGGACAAGGACGAGCACAACUUCGGUCUGCUGCCGGUAGGCGAAGUGAUGAAGCGCGAUCCAGACAUGGUCUUCGCAGACGGUACGCCCCUGAAGGAUGUCGAGGAGCGCUUGAACAAUACCUACCGCGGAUUUCCCGUGGUGCGCAGCCAGAGCGAUCGGACGCUACUGGGCUACGUUGGCAAGACUGAGCUGAGAUUCGCAAUCAACAAGGCCAAGAGGGCUAGAAAUAGUCUUGGCGCCGACGUCAAGUGCUACUUUACCUGCGAGGACACUGGCGUGGGAUCUGCAGGAAUAGGACGUAGCGAGCCUCCGCCUACGGCAGGCACUCUGAUCGACGAAGAAGAGGAAGAAGACAAGCUUGGGAUGUCGAAUGGAGAAGAGGACAGAGCGGGAUUGAUGGGCGAUGCAGGGAGGGGCCGAAGCAGCAUGACAUCCCUGAGCGGUAGCGAGCAGGAACACGACCACUACGGUGAUCUAGGAGGUGUCAAUGGUGGAGUUGAUGGAGAAGGCGAGGAAGAUCUGCUGGAAUUGGGCGAAUGGGUAGAUCAGACCCCGCUCACUGUCGGGCCGAACAUGCCGCUGGAGGUCGUCAUGGACCUCUUCAAAAAGAUGGGCCCCCGAGUCAUUCUCAUCACUGAUCGCCAAGGCGCCAUGCAAGGUCUAGUGACCGUCAAAGAUCUCCUCAAGCACAUUGCCGCCCAGGAGCAUGCCGAUGCUCUCGCCCGACGUGCAGCGAGAGAGGCUUUGGAUGCACAGGGAGGCCUCCCAGAGUGGGUCAUUGCGGGUGAUACCACCGAGGAGGCUGACGGGAACGUCAUCAACAACUUUGGAGGAGAGCUGGAGAGGAGCCUCAGUGAAGGCUGGAGCUGGGCAAAGCAGAGGAUGGCGGACUGGCGGGCGGGCGGCUCUGCACGGCGCUCCUCGCAGAGGACCGGACCCGAGUAUGCAGAAUUGCAUGAGCGUGGUCAGAGCUCGGGUCCAGCAGAGUUCUCCUACGAUGGUGAGGGUGAGGACGAGGAGGGGCACGAGGAUGACGGCACGCCCUCCUCAAGCUAUGCUACUGCUCAGCCGAGAUCACAUAGUGGUACUCCAGUGAUGCCUACCUCUACUCGUGCGCGGGACGAGUCUGACCAAUUUGUAAUCGAGUAGAUGUAAAAUGCAUUUGUAGUGUCCUUUGAGAUCUGCAAUGUCGAUAGCGCCUCUCCUGUCCUCUGUGGCUAGCGCGCAAGAUAGUCGACGCGAGUCACUUCUCCAGUGGCUUUCCGUGCCGUGCCUGCCUCUUUGCGGUCCUUUCCUCUCUCGCUACCUGUACGAGUCUCACCGAACCAAUGGCGAUUUGUUGAAGCACUUCAGGCUACUUUAAAAUCAUCUCAGCCGGCCCAUCAUGCCAAAGCAGAGUAGUGGCAAUUGGCGCAAAAGGCGUUUUCCCCCGCGCAAGAAGUUCGCAGCACCAAAGAAGACGUCAGAUGAAGUAGUGCGACCGUCAGUGAUGGCGGAUUCUUGACGCUCGAGCUACCGACACGAUCGAUUCCCGCAUAUACGCUGACUGUCCACUUCUCGCCGAUCGUCGUGUGCAAGCAGUGAGAAGUUGCCUCUCAGGAGUGGU